GAACACAAUCUUGAAACACGUUUCUAACCAAAAUAUUGAAAUCUUGUGCGACUUAUAUGCGUAAAAGUUUUACGAAAUAUAAAAUAGAAUAAUAUAGUGUAUAGUAUUUUUAAUACAUUUAUAAAUUAGAUUACAAACAAUUUUCAAUCAUGGUAAAAAAGCGAACUGAGUUUGAGCAGAGCAAAGAAGAACGUAUGAUGAUGACAAUCGGAGAGAUUAUACAAGAUCUAUUAAAGGCACAUCACGAAAAUCGAGAUGUCGAUCUAAACAAAUUGAAAACACGAAUUGCUUCAAAAUAUGGUUUGGAUUCUUCCCCAAGAUUAGUCGAUAUUAUUGCAGCUGUGCCUAGUGAUGCUAGGCAUCUACUUGUACCAAAGUUGAAGGCAAAACCUAUUAGGACUGCUAGUGGUAUUGCAGUUGUAGCGGUAAUGUGCAAACCACAUAGAUGCCCACAUAUUAAUAUGACGGGUAAUAUAUGCGUUUAUUGUCCUGGAGGACCAGACUCUGAUUUUGAAUAUUCUACACAAUCUUAUACAGGAUAUGAACCUACAUCAAUGAGAGCAAUACGUGCAAGAUAUAAUCCUUUCUUACAAACUAGACAUCGUAUCGAACAACUGAAGCAACUAGGACAUAGUGUUGAUAAAGUUGAAUUUAUUGUUAUGGGAGGUACUUUCAUGUCCUUACCAGAUGAUUACAGAGAUUAUUUUAUACGAAAUUUACAUGAUGCAUUGUCUGGUCAUACAAGCAGUAAUGUUGACGAAGCAGUUAAAUAUUCUGAAUGUAGUCGAACCAAAUGUAUUGGCAUCACUAUUGAAACUCGGCCUGAUUAUUGUCUUAAGAAGCAUCUUUCAGAUAUGUUACGUUAUGGAUGCACACGAUUAGAGGUUGGUGUUCAAUCCAUAUAUGAAGAUGUAGCACGUGAUACUAACAGAGGACAUACAGUGCGUGCUGUAUGUGAAAGUUUCCAGCUAGCAAAAGAUGCUGGAUUUAAAGUGAUAGCUCACAUGAUGCCAGAUUUACCAAAUGUUGACUUUGAACGAGAUGUAUUUCAGUUUAUUGAAUUUUUCAAAAAUCCUGCGUUUCGAGCAGAUGGAUUAAAAAUUUAUCCGACACUUGUCAUACGUGGAACUGGUUUGUACGAAUUAUGGAAAACCGGAAGAUACAAAAGUUAUGCACCGAGUGUACUGAUCGAUCUUAUAGCUCGUAUUCUAUCCUUAAUACCACCAUGGACACGGGUUUAUCGCGUACAACGUGAUAUACCUAUGCCAUUAGUAAGUUCCGGUGUAGAACAUGGAAAUUUACGUGAGUUAGCUUUAGCCAGAAUGAAGGAUUUAGGGACAGAUUGCCGCGAUGUUAGGACACGUGAAGUAGGCAUUCAAGAAAUACAUAAUAAAGUGCAGCCCUAUGAAGUUGAACUUAUACGACGUGAUUACGUUGGUAAUGAAGGAUGGGAAACGUUUCUAUCAUAUGAAGAUCCUAUGCAAGAUAUUUUAGUUGGUUUACUAAGAUUGAGGAAAUGCUCCGAUAACACAUUCAGAUCAGAAUUAAAAGAAAGAACUUCUAUAGUAAGAGAACUUCAUGUUUAUGGCAGUGUAGUGCCUGUAAGUGCACGUGAUCCUACUAAAUUUCAACAUCAAGGUUUUGGUACUCUCUUGAUGGAAGAAGCUGAACGAAUUGCAACAGAGGAACACAAAUCUCAUAAAAUUUCUGUAAUUUCAGGUGUUGGUACACGUAAUUACUACAGAAAAUUAGGUUAUGAACUUGAUGGUCCAUACAUGUCUAAAAUGCUUAUAUAAUAAACUAAUAAAAUGAAUUUUGUUGCUAAUAAUCGCAAAA